AUGGCACCCAAACACUCCCUGGACGCGGCGAUGAGCUCAUCACCUGUCGCAAAACGUGCGCGCUUAUCAACAACCAUUGUCAAACAAAGUCACCGUGCAAACUUUGACAGACUCUGCGCCUUACACGACUGGACUCCAUCAGAAGCUAUUCACGAAAAGCUAGCUGCUCUUCUCCAACUCUCUGGUAAGAGACUCGAAGCCAGCGAACUUCUUCCACUUGCCUUUGUUCAGCACUAUCCUUUCAUCUGGGUCAAAGACUUCCUUCUUCUUGGCUACAACCAUGCAGGCGAGAGUGUCUGGUACAAAGCCUAUCCCACGGGCAGAGGGUUGGCUCGUGGUCGCUACUACAACUCCGCACAAGUCAACAUUCUAGGCAAACACACAGUCGCGAAAUACUGGCAAUCUUGGGUCGAUGUCUUUGAUAUUGAACAAAGAGCAUUGGACAGAAGUCAUGAGUACUUCACUGGAGUCUAUCUCAUCUUAAAGAAGUUUCCAAACUUGCGUUACAAGCCUGGAAGGAACAAAGAAGACGCAAGAGAUCCUCAGAAUGCAAUUCGCACAACUGGUGUUGCCGAGUACCCUUUCAACGACGAUCACCCCUUCAUGCAGCAAGAGACAUCCGAGGACACGAACAAUGUCGAAAACAACGAGACACAGCAAGCUUUCGACGCAGAGACAGAGAUCGUUGACAAUGCCAGUUUCAUCAAACAAGAACAAACAGACUUGCACGAUCAAGAUCUUUCUGUACCUCUCGCCCGCCAAUUGUUAACGCAGCUUACUUCUCGCCCGAAUCUGCGCCUGUUUGACCAGGUGUCUACACCCAAACCGCAGGGGCACACCGCCAACGACCAACAAGGCCCGCCUGUCAAUGCAGAUGGCUCAGUCUCUCCCGUUCGCCGCUUGUCCGUGCAGUCAGACUCCCGCGCCCAUUCGCGCAUUUUGGACUCAGUUUAUCCAUCUCGUUCGCAGAUAUCCCUUACAGACGAUCGAACAGGCCUACCAGAGAACGGAAACAGCUUGACAUCUCUCCCCGGCCCCCUGUCGGAACAAAGUACAUCCCGCGCCAACUCGCGUCAUUCAAUGUCAAUGUUCAUAUCGCAUUCGCCAGAGCGCCCUAUGGACAAGCAGAGCCUGGUUCAGGAUGAUACCGGCGUGACUUCUUUCCCGCGCCAACUGUCGAAACAACCUGUCUUCCGCGCUUACUCGCGUGAAUUAGCACCACCAUCCUUGUCACAGUUUGACAAGAACACCGCGGACAAGAGCACAGGCUUGUACAUCCGGGAAGCUGCGUCUCUGCUCGAUCAGACAUCCAAGAACUCGAGCUUCUGCAGCUCUUCGCUCGUGAAUCUAACAACAUCAUCGCACCCAACUAGACCUACUCUCGAAAAGCAAGUGGGCCGACGCAUCGAGGACAACCUCGAAGCUCCUGUUUCUCAACAAUCUCCAAAGACUCCCACGUCCCGCGGCACUUCUCGAAAUCCUAAGAAAAUCACAUCUCCGUACUUCGCUCGAACCAGAUCACAGCCUACUCAACCCAAGAUCCUGGAUCUUCCUCGCUGCGACUCAAAGCCCUCGAGUCCAACCCAGAAGUUCACAGAGUAUACCAUUCGCGUUCCUGUCGAGAUCAGAUGGUCAAACACCAAUUUCAAGUUCACAGCUGUGACUUCUGUGGCUACAAUCCCUGCACCCGACAUACAAUCGAUUGAAGAAUAA